AUGCGCGGAAAUCCGCAGCGUCCCGCAGACUAUGACGACGUCGCAGAACUGCAGGUCACUAGGCUCCAGUGGCGCGCAGACGAUCAGCGUUUUCCAGACGCAAUGCCAGUGGACAAGUGUGUAAAAUGGGAUUCAGGCAAAGAUACCGUUAGCAGACCGUUUUGGCAGUCGAGGUUGCUUAGUUUAUGCUCGAGACCAUUUCAAGUACUCCCGAUUAUUCAGCUCUAUGUCAGUUCAUUUGGCCUUAAGAAGCUUCAUCUUUAA